CUAAACCAACAAUAUCUACUCCAGUUGUUAUAUUCAAGCGUCACUCUUAUAUCUGUAUACGUUUUCAAAUAUUAUUAUUGUUAUCAUAACAAUAUAAUAAUAUAAAAACCGUUAUAUUGUUGUGGUAAAAAUACUUUUUCGCGCUAUUAUAUCAACUGUUGCUACCCAUUUUAAAAGAAGGUAUAAUAGUUAAUUAGUCACCUGAACCAAGCGUUUCUCUUCUAUUGGUUUGCUGUAAGAAGCGCAAAUCACAUCAGACAAGCAAUUUUUCUCCACAAGAUUGGCCAUCCUUCUAAUAUUGACUAGUUGCAACAUUUCUUUUUGAAAUUCUACCAACAUAGAUUGAAAAUGAGAGGCGUUUUCCACCACUUCCUUUGUUGUUUAUUAGCGGUACUUUGGGCAACAGUAAGAGGAUUAAAUGAAGAGCCAUUAACAAAUAAACGUGCACCGUCUGGUUUUCAAGGAAUGAGAGGGAAAAAAUUUGAUAGCUACAUGGAAAAUAGCUUUUUAAACGAUCCAAAUUUAUUAAAUGAAUUUCAAUCAGAGAUAGAUGGUAUGGAGAAACGAGCACCGGCAUCAGGUUUUCAAGGUAUGCGAGGGAAAAAACUGUACGAAAAUCAGUUUAGAAAUAUGUACCAAUAUAAAAGAAUUCCAAUGGGAUUUCAUGGAAUGAGAGGCAAAAAAGAUUCAGAUAUGUCAUCAACAAAUGAUUUCAAUAAUGAAUUACUUCCAAGCAUGAUUGAAAAUCAAGAAAACUAUCCUUUAGCGUUAAACAUGGAUCCAAACGCGUAUUUAAUUGAUAAUAACAAACGGGCACCUGCUAUGGGAUUUCAAGGAAUGAGAGGCAAAAAGGACAUUGAAGAAGCGAAACGAGCGCCAGCAGAAGGUUUUUUUGGUAUGCGUGGUAAAAAACAACCAGGAUAUGGUUCAUCUGGAUUUUUUGGAAUGCGUGGGAAAAAAUAUCCAUAUGAAUUUCGUGGAAAAUUUGUUGGUGUAAGAGGUAAAAAAUUAUUAGCUGAUACAGCCAGUAAUGAGAAUGAAAUAGAUGAAACAGAUAACACUUAUGUCAAUUCAUUGAAUGAUAAUGCCACAAAUUUAAAUCAUCUCAUGUACCUGUUAAAAGAAAAUAAUGAUAGAAGUAAGGAAAUCACUUGGACGAAACGAAAGUUACAGGAAGGUUUUUUUGGGGUUCGUGGCAAAAAAGAAUUAAACAACUAAACAAGUAAACAUGUUAGCUGUUAGUUAUCUCGAAAUUUUUAUUUUUCCAUACUCCAAAAGGUAUUAAACAGAAAAACUAUGAUAGAGUUAAUUGCUUUCGACAUGAUAAAAUAGUAUGAAAAAGCAAAGACAUCUAUAAUAUUCAAUUAAAUACCUCUAAACAAAUUUACAAAUUUAAAAAAUUACUUGUCUUCUUUAUUUAUUGCACACACAUUAGGUCUGACUGACUAGCUCUGUUCUCACAUUUAACUGACUCACUGUCAUAUCUGUUAUUUAUAAGCAAUAUACAAUCUGUAAUUUUUUUUUAAUUUAUCCCAGCGCAGAUAAUAAGACUGUUUAGAGAAUGCAGCAUCGUCACAAUGAAAAGCUUCAGAUGGGUACAUGCAGACUGACCUAGAGGCUUCAUUUAUCCCUUUUUCUCUACCCUUUUAUCAUGUCGACUGAGAUUAUAUCUUUCAUGCUUUAAUUUGAAUGUAAAUUUUACUAAAACUAUUAUUGGCAAUUAAGUAAUUAA